AUGUCACACGCAUUGAUUCUUGGAGUCUCUGGCAUCUCUGGUUGGUCUAUUUUGAACCAGAUCCAGGAAUAUCCCACAAAAUCCACCUUUUCACGCAUCACGGGCACUACAAACCGUCCAUUCAGUUUGCAACAAGCUAGGAUUGCACCAGAUCCGCGCAUCAAUCUUAUCAGUGGCAUCGACUUCACCAAAUCAGUCCCAGAGGUCGUGAGAUUAUUGAAAGAGAAAAUAUCUGAUGUCAGCACUGUUUCGCAUGUCUUCUUCACUGCGUACAUUGCCACGGAUGAUUUUGAGUCCCUUAGAAAGGUCAACACUUCGUUGUUAGAGACUGCAAUACGGUCUAUUGAGGAAGUUUCAAAGGAUCUGAAAGUUGUCAUUCUCCAAACUGGGGGCAAAGGAUAUGGGCUCGAGUUCCCAAAAGAGGUCAACAUUGCGCCGCCUUUAAGAGAAGACAUGCCGCGUAUUCCACAACCAUACCAGGACAAAAUCUUCUACUAUACGCAAUACGAUCUGCUCACUGAGCUCUCCAAAGGCAAGUCCUGGACCUUCACUGAGAUCCGUCCAGAUGGAAUCGUGGGAUUCGUGCCAGGCUCCAAUGCAAUGAACAUGGCGCAAGGAAUAGCACUCUACCUUUCUCUUUAUAAGGAAGUUAACGGCGUCGGGGCAACUGUUCCUUUCCCUGGCUUCGAGCAUGGAUACAAUUCGACUCACUCGGAUACCUUUCAAGACGUACUUGCGAGGAUGGAAAUCUUUGCCGCGACGAACCCCCAAAAAUGUGGAAACGGUGGCAUAUUCAACAUCGCCGAUGGUGAUACAGUCACUUGGGCACAGGUAUGGCCUAAAAUAUGCACAUACUUUGAUCUUAUUGGAAGGGGACCCAAGCCUGACUCUCAGCCCAUGGAAGCUUUUGUGAAAGAAAAUGCAAAGGCUUGGGGAGCGAUGGUCGAGAAACAUGGAUUAGAUCCUUCUGGGAUGAAAUUCCAAAAUUGGGCACAUGUUCAUUUCAUGCUUGUACAGUUUGAUUUUGACCGACAGUAUGAUCUCUCGCGUGCCCGGGAAGUUGGGUUCAUGGAGUCGAUCGACACUGCGCAAGGUUAUUUUACGGCAUGGGAUAGAAUGAAGGCUGCAAAGAUCUUCCCUUAA